AUGGCCAGUUGCAGGCUGCCCACAGGAAGUUUUGGUGGGUCUGUUAACAACCCAGGAGAUGUUAUCAUAGGGGGAACUUUUCGAGUCCAUUUUGAACGAGUAGGCAAUAACCUGCGUUUUACCAGUAAACCUCCAGAAGUCCAAUGUCAGAUGAUUGCUACAGAAUUUUAUCAGAGCAUGCAGGCCCUAAUAUUUGCUGUGGAAGAGAUUAAUGCUGACAUUGAGCUCCUUCCCAACAUCACAUUGGGCUUCCAGGUUUAUGACUCAUGCAAUACAUUACGACGCACAGCACAGGGAACUCUUUCAAUGUUAUCAGGAGGAAAGGAGAUAAUCCCAAAUUAUAAUUGUCAUGAAGGGACAACCUUUGCUGGUAUUGUUGGUGACUCUAAGUCCUCACGAUCCAUUCUUAUGGCCCAAAUCUUGGCACUGUAUAAAUACCCACAGAUUAGUUAUUUUUCAACCAGUCCUAUUCUCACAGAUCGGAACCAGUUCCCUUCCUUUUUUCGUACCAUACCUAGUGAUGAGUUUCAGAUGAGAGGCCUAGCCCAGCUUAUCUCUUAUUUUGGUUGGCCUUGGUUGGGCCUCUUGGCCAAUGAUGAUGACUAUGGUCAGUUUGGACUUCAGAUGGUAAAACAGGAAAUAAUCAGUGCUGGAGCUUGUGUGGCCUUCUCUGAGACUAUUUUGACUAGUCAUCCUGAUAGGAAUGCUCCCCAUCUUGUCACAGUCAUUAAAAAGUCAACUGCAAAGGUAGUGAUUGUGAUUGCAUCUGAUUCUGACUUUGUGUUUUUGGUGGAAGAGCUGUUGAGGCAAAAUGUGACUAUGAAUAUCUGGGUCGCCAGUGAAGCUUGGGCCACUUCUGCUUUACUUUCAAAAGAGAGAUAUAAAGACAUAUUACAAGGCACUGUUGGUUUUGCCAUAUUCCAUGGGAAUAUGUCCAAGUUUAGUAAGUACUUCAACAGCCUCAACCCAUCAAAAGAUUUUAAUGAUCCAUUCCUAAGAGAAUUUUGGGAGCAAACCUUUGCUUGCACGUGGCUCAUUGACAAGAAUUCAGUUAUUCUGAUGGACAAUGACACCAAAAAUCCAUGUACAGGAAACGAAAUGCUAAACAGCCUGCCAGCCAAGGAAGAACAGAGAUUAUCUUUUAAUGUAUACACUGCUGUCUAUACCAUUGCUUGGGCUUUACACAAUUUGCUGUUGUGUAAGCCUGGUACAGGGCCAUUCUAUCACAGAGGCUGUGUCAACAUCUCUUCAUUUCAGCCCUGGCAACUUCUUCACUAUAUUAGAAACGUGAAUUUCAAAACCAACGAUGGACGUCAGAUUUUUUUUGAUGCGAUAGGGAACCCUCCUGCCAUAUAUGACAUUGUGAACUGGCAAAUUGGUGCCAAAGGAAUGCUUGAACAGGUUGCAGUUGGGAGUUAUGAGUUGAAUAGUUUUAAUGGGAAAACUUUCAACAUAGACAGUGCUAACAUUGUAUGGAUUAACAACAACACACUGAUUCCUCCUUCCAAGUGCAGUGCAAGUUGUCCUUCAGGAUCUAGGAAGGUGAUAUUACCAGGAAAACCCCUUUGUUGCUAUGAGUGUGCCCGGUGUCCCCAGGGACAGAUUUCAAAUCAAACAGAUGCUGUGGAAUGUCAUCAAUGUUCCUGGGACACAUGGCCCAAUCUACAACAGGACAGAUGCUUACCAAGAACUGCAGAAUUUCUUUCCUAUGAAGGACCUUUGGGUUAUAGUUUGGCAGCCACAUCCAUCUUCUCUGCCCUCACCCCACUAGCUAUUCUGGGAAUUUUUAUUUGCAACAACAAAACACCAAUUGUCCGAGCCAACAACUAUUCCCUUAGUUGUCUUCUCCUGCUUUCCCUGUUCCUCUGUUUCCUUUGCUCUUUAGGGUUCAUUGGUUACCCACAACCUACACAGUGUCUUCUGCGCCAGGUGGCAUUUGGGAUGGUUUUUGCUCUCUGUAUCUCCUGUGUUCUGGCCAAAACCAUCACCGUAGUUAUUGCCUUUAAUGCAACCAAACCAGGCAGCAGGUUAAGAAAGUGGACGGGAGUAAAUGUAUCCUACUGUGUCAUUGUGUUUUGUAUCUUUGUUCAGUUAUGUGUGUGUGUGAUAUGGCUCAUCUUCUCUCCUCCCAUCCCUGAAGUUGACUGUAAUACCAAACCUGGAUUUAUCAUAGUAAAUUGCAAUGAAGGUGCACCUUUUGCUUUCUGGUGCAUGCUGGGGUACCUUGGACUCUUGGGCAAAAUCAGUUUCAUUGUUGCCUUCCUGGCCAGAAGACUCCCUGACAGUUUCAAUGAAGCCAAAUUUAUCACAUUCAGUAUGUUGGCUUUCCUCAGUGUCUGGGUGUCCUUUAUCCCAGCCUAUCUCAGUGCACGGGGCAUGUAUACUGUGGCAAUGGAGGUCUUUGCCAUUCUGUCUUCCAGCUGGGCUUUGGUGGUCUGUAUCUUUGUGCCAAAAUGUUUCAUUAUAUUGUUCAGACCUCACCUGAACACCAGAAAAUAUCUCAUGGACAAAAAGAAGGGUGCAAAUAUGUCAUAG